AUGCGGCUGCGGCCUUUCCUCGACGAGAAAAUGGAAUUGGAAAACCUCAGCGUGCCAGCGAUGAUGGCGACAGCAAGAGAACUGACUCUGUCUAACCCCGCGGAUGGAGUCUUUGCAUUUCUCUCCAUUGCUGAUGAAAUCAGCCAAAGUACGUUACAUGUCAAGGCGGACCACUCAAAAACACCGCAGUCUGUCUACACUGAACUCGCAGUUGCGUACCUUCAAGCGACACGCGACCUGGACUUGUUGAAGUAUGUUCAGCAUACAAAUGAGUCUAUUGAGCUCAGCACACCAUCAUGGGUACCUUUAUGGGACAUUAACGAAUGGGAAGUCCCCGAAGGUUCCGAAGAUGGCGGAUUAACGAGAAAACAGGGCUCUCCAGCGGACUUCACGCUGGAGCAGGGAAGCGGUACACCGAGGCUUACUGUCCAGGCCGUCCUGCUCGGCACUGUCCGAUUCGCCUCAGAUCCGCUGCUUCUUGAGACAGUGCAAGAUGUUGCGCAGCUGUGGCAAAUCAUACGGCACGUGGAUGAAUCAGCAGAUAUAGACGGGUUUCUGCAGGUCCUAUCCUUGGGGUGCACUACGGAGAUUUCCCACUUGUACACAACUUCGUUCAGUUGCUCACCAAAGGCCGAAGAUUCGUAUUAA